GAUGUAACCCAGGUUACAAGAGCCAGCACCUGUGAAUAGAGAAAAAUAUAUAUUACCACAUAUGUAAAUAAAAUAAGACUAUUUUAUUAAUAUCAUCCCAUUAUUUUAUUCAUAUUCAUAUUAUAUAUCGAAUUCUCAACUUAUACUAAGUGAAAUAAUUAAUAACAGAAAAUGUCUAGGAAAAUAAGUAAAAUUAGAAACUGGCCGUUUAAGAGUAACCCCUCCCUCAAGGUUGACGUCAAAAAGAAAAACAGAAAAAGGGAGAGAACGGUGAGAAGGGAGAGAACGGUGAGAAGCGGAGACAUGGCGAUUUAGCAAAAACAGCUUUUGAACAGAGAUUUAAAGUGUUUUAAGUUAAGUCGAUCUGUAAGGGAAGUGUUUUGAAAUAUGAGAACAGUGUUCGCUCGUUAGCAGUAAAGUGGUGCUUACAUUAGACGAUUGCGAUUGCACUGGAUCUGAAGAAAAUAGGAAACAGAAAAAAGUUAAUUCACUCGAGAGAAACCAAAAGAGAGAUUUUUAUUUUUCCAUCCGGGAUUGUUCUGUUUACUCACUAUUUUCUUGAGCAAUGCUGAUUCUGGAUCUGGAGUUUUGUUGACGUUUGGGAGAAUUGUUUCUGCUGUCCAUCGAGAGAGAGAGAGACACACGGUUGCAGAAACUGGCGAGCCAUCCCAUUUCAUAGAAUCUGGAAGUUGUUCAUCACACUGGUAGGAAAUAUUGUGUAAACCUGUUUUUUACUUUUUGGACACAUUUUUUGCUAAGCAUCGAAACUCUUUUCACUCAAGGAUCUGAGUAUUUUUGUUUCCACGUUGGACAUUUAUUUCAAAGGACUAAGCAUUUGCUUUGGACUGAUACCUUUUCAUCUGGUUAUUUACCUGUGCAUUUUUGUUGUUUACUUUCUGUUGAGUUUUCUGAAAGAGUGUAAAACAUUGUUGGUUAUUUUAAGAGUGAAACUUUGAAUUUACAUUUUCAAGAGUGUGAAGUUGUAUCAAACCAAAGAGUUAUAUAUAUUAUAUCAUAAUCUCAUUAAACUAUAGAUAAAUAAGUAUAAAAUAAAUAUAAAUAUAUAAUUAAUAUAAUCAAAUAAUAGAUAAACAUAUUAAGAGGUAUUUAGGAGCUUUACAUAAAGUGAGAGUUAAAGUGACUACUGUAAGUAGUUAUUUCCAUUAAUUGAAAAGUGUUUGGUUCACUUGAGAUUUACCAUUGUCUAUUCAAAUUGUUAUUCUUUUGCUCUUUCAAACAAUCAAAAUCUACAUAAAUACUUACCUUUUCCAGAAGUUGUUGUUGUGUUCUUUCUCCUGCUGCAAUCCUGACUCCUGAGCGAACGUAGUCUUCUGAUCCGGCCCCACACAUACAUAGAAGUAGCUGUGAAACCAAAUUAUUUCCUUCCGUGCAUUCUUCGCGGGUGUUACAGGGGAAAACUUGGCGAGCCAGCCAGGAGUCUUGGUUGCAACAAGAGUCUGUGAAAGAACCAGAGAAAAAUAAACCUGUGAGCCUCAGAAACUUAAUCUUUAAAAGCAAAAGAUGGAGAUAGUGAAACAGGAAAACGUUAAUGUAGAGAACGCACUUUUGAUUGAAGGCCUUACGUUAACUGAAGUUGACAAUGAAAUAGAAAAAUAUUUGCAAAGAUUUGGCUCAAUUAGCAAAAAUCUCAUAAUUGACGACCCAGAGUCUGAGUUCCAUAGAAAUGCUAUUGUUGAAUACAGCCACAACUCAGCGAUCCAGAAGUUACUUCCCCUUCUGCCCUUGACUCUAGGCAGUCUUUCUGACCCAGCUGUCACUUUCCGUGUCCGUACCCUUCCUUCUGCAUACACUAAGCCCACUAGUCGCACCGCCACAGAAGGGUAUCUUGAAGAAUUAAGAGCCAUUGCCAAAGAAAGUGGGAGGCCUUUUCAGAGUGUCCUACAGGAAGAAUUGGAGAAAAUCGCAGAUACUCAUUCUGUCAACCCUCCUCCUGCAACAGAUGCUCAAGAUAUUGAGAAUAAAAACCCAACCAAGAGUGAGAUUACCUUUGUGUCCCCACCUGUUUCGAGAGUCACUACGGAGGAUGUUAGUGUACCCACCAGUCUCACAUUUCCUGUAAAUAUCAUAGACCCACCCGGUGUCCAGAGGAUGGUCGUUGAGCACAUAGUGAAAAGCGACAAUACUUCACAGCAGACUUUGAUUCGUCUGAGGGCCUUCUCUGGGAAGUCCCCACGUCCCCCAAAUGAGCCGGAUUUCGACACUUGGCGUGCGAGUGUCGACUUCUUGUUGAAUGACCCUUCCAUUUCUGACUUGCAUAGAACCCGGAAAAUUCUGGAUAGUCUCUUACCUCCAGCAGCUGAUGUUGUGAAGCAUGUGCACCCUCCAGCCUUACCUGCUGCUUAUCUUGAGAUCUUGGAGUCUGUGUAUGGUUCUGUAGAGGAUGGUGAUGAGCUGCUGGCUAAAUUCAUGAGUACCUGUCAGAAUCAGAGUGAAAAGCCAUCAGGUUACUUGCACAGGCUGCAGGUCAUUUUGAGUACGACGAUCAGACGAAACGGAAUAAUGGAAACAGAGCGGGAUCGCUACUUGCUGAAACAGUUCUGCAGAGGGUGUUGGGACAAUAGCCUCAUCGCAGAUCUCCAGCUUGAAAAAAGAGAAGCGCAUCCACCUGCUUUUGCCGAGUUGGCAGUGCUUAUACGUACUCAAGAAGAAAAACAAGCUUCGAAGGAGGAACGUAUGAAGAAACAUCUUGGACUGUCAAAACCUUCAGCUGGUUUUCCAAAGCUUCGAGUACCUUCCAAUCAGAUGUUGGCUUGCCCUUGUGAUAUACCACAUUCUGAGAAUUCUGAAAUGAGUCUGUUAAGGAAGCAGGUAGUGGAAAUUCAGGCUCAAGUCACAGCCCUGAAACAGCCACCAGAUCAGAAGAACAAGAAAGGUUUCUCUGAGAAGGUUGAGCUAACUGCUCUGAAGGGGAUGGUGGAGGAGUUAAGCACCCAGGUUGCGGCAGUGAAGGAGUCAGUAGCCCAAAGUUCAAAAUCAAGCGAUUUGGAGGAAUCAGAGAUUUGUAAGCUGCGAAGUCAAGUGGCUGAAUUGCAAGCUCAGAGUGCUAUUCGUCAGACACCUCAAACAUUCUAUAUGCAGAGACCGCUUGAUACAGUGAGGAACAAUGACCCCAGGAAAAGCUCAUUGAGGACUGAUAGGCCUCGUGCUUGGUAUUGUUUUUCCUGUGGAGAAGAUGGACACCUGGCAGUUAAUUGUGAAAAUGCAGCGAACCCCGCUAAGGUGACGGAGAAAAGGGCUAAGCUGAGAGAGCAGCAGCGUGCUUGGGACUCUCAGUAUGGAAGGCCUACUCAGCCUUUAAACUAAAGAAGGUCUUUGUAGGAGGGCAUAC